AUGAAUGUCAUGUUGUCCAAUCAUCAAGGCGUACCCCCGCUCCCUCAUGCAAGCGAAUCCCUCAAGCAGCGACGACUAUCCGAUUGUGGAUGUCAAUGUCAUAUCAGCCUUCCUCCCCCGGAGGAGCGAUGGUAUUGUGUCUUUGUGGGCACAGAUACGGGGCCCAUUCAAGGACGUGAGAAAGCAUUGAAGACCUACCAGAAUGUCUCUGGCGGAUAUGCUCGCUAUUGUCUGUCUCAAGACGAAGCCGAAGACAUGUACAGAGAUGCACUGCAAUCGUCUCAGGUUGUCCUUGUGAAGAAACCAACUCGCACAACCCUCAAGCUUCCUCAGCUUAGCGGUUUGAAUGGAUUUCGCAAUGGUGAUCCAACAGGUCCAGAAGAGGCGUCUUGGAUGGUAGUCUUAGUGGGUAGGAAUCCCGGAGUGUAUCUUCUUGAUGAUGUUGGGACUGUCGGAAUCCAGGAGAAUAUCAAGUUCAUCAAGGGUGCUCAGGCUGUUCCCUAUCGGUUGAGGUCAGAGGCGGUAGACGCAUUUACCUUGGCGUUGGAAGCAGGUGUGGUAGUAAUGGUUGAUCGUGGACGCGACAUUCGAAUACCAUUAACUCUAAAUACUACCAGUGUUGUUGACGGGGAGCCAUCUGUAAAGUCAGAGAUAGACAAUUGA